AUGGUAGUAAAAAAUGACGAAAUCUGUUUUUUUUAUCCACACAUUAGUGUUGUUUGGGAAGAGUUAAACAGAGUUUCAAAUCAAUUAUCUCUAGAAAGCUCAACUGAGGAGACAAAUGGCAAUUAUGAAGAAAUUAAGAUCAACAUAAUGGCCGAUCUAUUAAUGAUCCUCUCAGGACCUCAGUCCACCUUAGAAGAAAGCAUAAACAGUUUUAUGAUUGAGACCAUGGAUUUGUUCGGAGACCACGGAAUAUUUCUUGCUAGCACUAUAUUAGAGAAUCUUGAAAAUUUAAGACUGGAAGUAAGUGAAUUAUUGAUUAAUAAUAAUAAUCGAAUCAAAUUUCCUAAAGAAGAAAAAAUUAGCAAAGAGGAAUACAUUAAUUUAGUUGAUAUUAUGUUUCGCACUGAAACAGUUUCAACUCCAUAUAGUUUAACAAAAGGUAAGGUUAAGCUAGAAUAUGAUGAAACUCUUAAUAAUGGCCAAAAUGAUACAAUUCUAUUCAAAUCUUCAAAUAAUAACUCUGAAAAUCAGGCAAGGUUAUCGUUAGAAUCUCCAAAAAUUAUUUCAACAAGAACGGAAAUUUUUGAAAAAGUUUUCAUUUCUCCACAAAGUAUUUCAGAAUCGGUUUUAAAAGAAAUAGAACCCCAACUUAUUUUAACUGAAAGAUUAAACAAGAAGUUGAGGUUAGCGUUUAGAGGUAUAAAAAGGUUUAAUUUUGUUCAGUCAAAAGUUUUUAGUUCAAUCUACCUGUCAAACAGAAAUGUUUUGGUUGCUGCUCCAACUGGCUCUGGAAAAACUAAUAUCGCGCUACUAGCUAUUCUAAAAUCAAUUUCAGACUUUGUUGGAAUAAAUGCGUUAGAUUCAGGCGAGAUAUCUGAUAAUUAUCAAGCUCCGGAUCCCAAUAAGUUCAAGAUCGUGUUCAUAGCCCCAAUGAAAUCGCUAGUUUCUGAAAUUACUCGGAAAUAUUCUGUAGCUUUACAAGAACUAGGGAUUAAAGUUGUUGAAAUAACAUCUGAUGUGACAGUUUUAAAGGAGGCAAUAGACAGAAAUCAUAUUAUUGUAACCGUUCCUGAGAAAUUUGAUAUUAUGACUCGAAAUUAUACCUAUGAUAAUCAAUCAGAGCAAGGCAAUUUGUUAAAUUCUCUUCAAUGUGUAAUUUUGGAUGAAAUUCACAUGUUGGGAGAUGAAAGAGGCCCAUCUGUUGAAGCAAUAGUAUCUAGGAUUUUGUUUAACGUUGAAGUCACUCAAAGACCAAUCAGAUUAGUGGGACUUUCCGCAACUCUUCCGAAUUGGGAAGAUUUCGCCACUUUCUUGAAUGUAAAUAAAAAUGAUGCAUUUUUCUUUAGUCAAGCUUUACGCCCCACUCCUCUAGAAAAAACAAUUAUAGGAGUAAAUGAAAAGCGAGUGGAGGUUGAGAAAAAAAAGGCAAUACAAAAAAAAAAUUAUAAACCUUCAGACCAAGAUAGUUCAAAAGUUAAAGAAAAAAAGAGAGAAGAAAGGCAGGAAAAUAAAGUUUCAAAGCAAAAUAAUACAGAGGAAGAAAUCUCCAGUAUUUCAGAUUUAUAUAAUUCAAUUGCAUUUAAGAUUGUUUUAGAUUGUUUGGAAAAGAAUGAACAAGUAUUAGUUUUUGUGCAUUCCAGAAACGAAACUCUUUCUACUGCUCUUUAUUUUAAAAGAAUGUUAAAUUUAUAUUCCAGAAAGAAUUGUUUUAUUAGAGGAAAUUUUUGCUCAAAUAAUAUUGGUCAAAAUAUUUCUAAUGGACCCAUAAAAAACCUAACAAUAAAAAAAGAUCAAAGAAAUACUAGUUCAAUAAAUGAAUCAAAAAAGAUUGAUAAUAAAGAAGACCUUAACAAAAACUACUUUUUAAAAACAUUAAGAGAUUGCGAGAACCCAUCAAUUAAAGAUUUAUUCAAUUAUGGAUUAGGGAUUCACCAUGCAGGACUAAUUUCAAAUCAAAGAAAACUUUCUGAGGCAUUAUUUUCUCAUGGUCUAAUUAGAGUCCUGAUUACAACAGCAACUUUGGCAUGGGGUGUUAAUCUGCCUGCGAGGCAUGUUAUUAUUAAAGGUACUAAUGUAUACGAUAGCAAGAAGGGGAGCUUUAGAGAUCUUGGAAUAUUAGAUAUACUUCAAAUAUUUGGACGUGCGGGAAGACCUCAAUUUGAUAGUCUUGGAUCCGCAUACAUGAUAACUUCUAGCGAAAAAUUACAAAGUUAUGUCAAUAAGUUGACAUUUCAAGCCCCCAUAGAGUCUCAGCUUUCGAAUGAAUCUAAUCUUUGUAAUUUACUUAAUUCUGAAAUUGCUAGAGGGUCAAUUUUAAGUGCAAAAGAUGCAAGUAGAUGGUUGAAAUAUACUUUUCUAGUAACAAGAGCAAAAAAAUCACCAAUAUUGUAUGGGCUUAAAACUGAAGAGUUGCUAGAGGAUCCGAGUUUGACACAAUUUUGUUACAACCAUAUAAGUAAAUGCUUAGAUUUAUUGUAUCAAUCCAAGUUAAUACGCUACAAUGUAAUUAAUGACGAGGUUAGCUCCACUCAUUACGGAAGAUUAACUUCAAGAUAUUAUAUUGAUUUUAAUACCUCAAAUAUAUUUAGGAAACUUAUUUUGGAAAAUGAACAAAAUUCUGAUGAAAAUACAUGUUUAAGUGAUUUUGAUAUCUUAGAAAUAGUUGGCGAGGCUAAAGAGUUUUCAAGCAUGAACACAAGAGAGGAAGAGAUUGAAGAACUUGAGAGUCUAGUUCUUGAUCGCCAAGUUGCAGGCAUUGUCAAAAAAAGUGUUGAUGUUACUAAAGUCAGUUCCAAAGUUGCACUUCUUCUAAUCGCAUAUUCACUUAGAACAAAUAUUACUACUCCAACCCUAAUAAUGGAUAGUAUUUAUGUUUCUCAGAAUGGAACACGAAUCUUAAGAUUUAUUUUUGAACUUAUUCAACUUAGUACCUAUGGAGUUUCGGAGAGAGCGCAAAGAGUAUUAGAAUGGUCGAAAAUGCUUGAAAUGAGAAUUUUUUAUACUCAAUCAAUAUUAAGACACUUUGUAUACUUUUCCUCUCUUUAUAAAACAUUAAACCCUAACGAGGUUUUCGUAUCCGAAAAUUCGAAUAGAAAUCCUAAAUUUAAAGGCCCGUUAAAAAUUGGUUCUGUAAAAAAAUUAGAAGAUUAUGCGUCAUGGGAAAUGAUAAAAGAUCUAAUGAUUUCUGAAUUAAAAGAUAUUGUUUAUUCUGAUGCAGAAAAAGUAUCCGAAUAUAUAAAGUAUGUACCAAAUAUUGAUUUCAAAGAAGCAUUUGUAUCACCUGUUACCCAAAGGAUUGUUAAACUUGGUAUUAAGCUAAAUCCUAAUUGGAAAUGGAACCAAAGAUGGCAUGGAAUAAGAGAAAAAUUUCAUCUUUGGGUUACAAAUCCUAACGAUGGCGCAAUCCUUCACACUCUUCAAGUUCAAGUAACACAAAAAAAUAUAAAUAAUACUCUUUCAAUCUCAGAACUAAUUCCAAUACCUGAUUACGACCCACCAUUUUUUCUAAAUAUUAAAAUUAUAUCGGAUAAGUGGGUUAGUCUUGAUUUUGAGACGGAAAUUAAUCUUAGACCUGCUUUAGAGAGUUUUAAUCAAUAUUUUCAUAUUCAAAAGGAAUUUUCACAAACUAAUUCUAAUCGUUCUAAUUCAAUCUCAUUAUAUUCAAUCUCAGACAUUACUGAACUCCUCAAUGUAUCACCAAUUCCUAUUUAUUCAUUAAGGUGCCCAGAAAUAAUAAAUUAUUAUAAUAAUAAGAAUAUAUUUUUCUUAAACCCUAUACAAUCUCAACUUUUUCACAUCUUGUUCCAUUCCGAUGAAAAUGUAUUUCUAGGGGCUCCUACUGGAUCCGGAAAGACUAUGAUUGCAGAAAUUGCAAUAUUCAGAGCUUUAAUCGCUGAUUUAGAGAAUCAAAUUAGUAUUUCAAAACUUAAAACAGAACCGAAAAAAAAGUCUAAAGUAGUUUACAUUGCUCCUCUCAAGUCCCUUGCAAAUGAAAGAUUUAAUGAUUGGAAAAAAUUAUUUUCAAACGUUUUAGGUUUGAAAGUUGUACUAAUUACUGGUAGCUCUCGAACUUCGAUAAUCGAACUUGAAAGAGCGUCAAUAAUUAUUUCUACACCAGAAAAGUGGGAGAGUCUUACAAGAAGAUGGUGGGCUAAGUCAAGAUCUUUUGUUCUUGACGUAAGGCUGAUUAUUUUUGAUGAGAUUCAUCUAAUAGGUCAAGACCCAAGAGGAUCUGUCGUUGAGAAUCUAGUUUGUAAAACUAAAUUUAUUAGUAAAUUCAUUCUAAUGUGCGGUAUUAAUAAAAAAAUAAGAACUAUUUCACUUUCAACAUCACUUUCAAAUGCAAAAGAACUCUCUUCUUGGUUAGAAGUUGGUGCUUUAGGUUAUUUUAAUUUCCCACCGGCCAUUAGGCCAGUACCUUGUACAGUAUAUAUUUCAGGAUUCCAAGAAAAGAAUUAUUGUCCCAGAAUGGCUACAAUGAACAGGCCAAUUUACAACAAAAUCCUCGCACACUCUCCAAAAAAACCUGUAAUUAUUUUUGUUGCCUCAAGGAGGCAGACAAGGAUUACUGCAAUGUCUCUCUCACACAUGUGUUAUUGCGAUGGCCAGCCAAGUAGAUUUAUUAAUACUGAUUCAAAAGGUAUUUUAGGCCUCGAUCUAGCCAGUUCAAUUUUUUUAGUUAAGGAUAGGUCACUCAAACAAACAUUAGAGUCAGGUAUCGGUAUUCAUCAUGCUGGGCUUUCCGAAUCCGAUAGAAAUCUUGUUGAACGACUUUUCUUAAAUGGUAUAAUUCAAAUAGUUGUAGCAACGUCUACUCUUGCUUGGGGUGUUAAUUUUCCUGCUCAUUUUGCAAUUAUCAAAGGCACAGAGUACUUCGAUGCGAAGCUUGGGCAAUAUAUUGAUUAUCCAAUAACAGAUGUUCUUCAAAUGAUUGGUAGAGCAGGAAGACCACAAUAUGAUUCACAUUCAGUUGCAUCUAUAAUGACACUGGAGUCUAAGAAAUCAUUCUUUAAAAGAUUUCUCUAUGAUUCACUUCCACUUGAAUCUUGUUUUGGAGUUACAUCAUUAAUUGAAAUUUUUAAUGCCGAAGUAUCAUCUCUUUCAAUAAAAUCGAUUUCUGAUGCUAUAUGUUUUCUUUCAAAUUCAUUUUUUUUAAAAAGAGUUAUCAUUAACCCAGCAUAUUAUGACCCAAAUGUUUUCCAAAUUGAAAUUGGGCAAACUGAAGGACAAACAUCUUUAUUGGGUAUUCCAAGAGUAAGAAUAAUUGUUUAUAUACUGGAAAAACUCAUUAAUGACGUAUUAAGAGCUUUGAUUGAGUUUGAAUGCAUUCAAAUAUCUUUUGGCAAGAAAGAUAAUUCAGGAGUAAACUUAAAAUUUAGUCAAACUUUAAAUUCAUCUUUUAAUAAUAAUCUUAAAGAUAUUAGGGAAUUCGAUGAACCCGAUCCAGGAAUUGGCAAAUCAAAAUCUGGAAACUCAAUGUAUUUAGAAAAUCAAAAUUUUACUUGGAGUAAAUUAUUUCCAAAUAUUAAUGAAGUGGUUGAAAUAUUUUCAAGUAAAGGCCCUCCUAUAUCUUUAUAUCCCACAUUAAUUGGCCAAAUAUCUUCAUUCUUUUAUGUAAAAUGCGCUACUAUUUGUAAGCUAAAUAGGUUUCUUCACUGCAAAGUCUUGAAAAAUCGCUCUGUUUCUUGGGUGGAAAUAUUAUCUCUUGUUUCGCAGGCGCAGGAAUUCGAAAUUCAUCCUGUUAGACACAAUGAAGACAAAAUUUGUACAAAAAUGCUUAAGUAUUUGCCAUUUGGAAAACUUCCUUUAGAGCCAAUGUCAAGUCCUCACCAAAAAGUAUUUAUAUUACUACAGGCAAAUAUAUUUUCCAUCCCAGUUGAAGUUGUAGAUUUUAUAAAUGAUAUAAAUUCAAUUCUUGAUCAGGUUCCAAGAAUUUUGCAUGCAUUCAUCCAACUCAACAAAUUGGGGAAUUAUCUAUUAUCAAGUGCAUUUAACUCAACGUUGUUAUUGCUUGAAUGUAUACGGCAAAAGUGCCAUCCAUUUGCCUCUCCUUUAUACCAGAUACCCCUAAUGAGAAAAAGUGUCAAAUUCGAUGUUUUAGAAUCAAAAUUCAAAGCUAAAUCACUAUAUGAUAUUGCUUUUAGAACAUUAGUUUCAAAAGAAAUUGAUAUGAAGAAGGAAUUAUCGGAAGUAAACAUAAAUGCGGAACAAAUAUUGAAUUUCCUAUAUGAAAUCCCACUAUUCCAGUUGAAAUCGAAAAUAAUUGAUAGACAAACACACCAUUCUACUCUAUUAGUUGAAAUUUGUAUUAGAGAUUACGGAAAAGUAUUCCCACCAGACUGGUUUAAUCUUUCUUGGGUUUACAUCGAGAAUAAGACUAAAAAAUUGGUAUUUAUUGAGAGGCUUGCCAGAUCAAGAUUCAAAUUCAUGGAAGACAAUAAAUUUACUCUUCAUUAUAAUUUCAAUGUUCUAUUGAACCACAAAGACUCAUCUGUAAACCGAGACUACAAAGUUUGUAUAGCUUCCGAGAAAUAUAUCGGUAUUCAAGUUUCAUAUCUACUUGAAUAA